AUGGCCAGGAGGUUGGAGUCCCAGCAGCCGGUGCUUGGACCUCUUGAUCCUCCGGGGACCCUGGCGCUGUUUGGGGCAGGCGAGGGGCCAGGGCUGGUGCUGGCACUGUCCCCGUCCCCGUGGGCGCCCAGAGCCACACCCUGGGCUGUGCGGCUCCUCUUCACGCGGAGCAGGCGGCAAUCCUGCCAUGUGUCACCGCCCGGCGCGGAGGCUGCGGGGAUGGCUGCGCUGGCUCGGAGCGUCCUGGUGACGGGCUCCAACCGGGGCAUCGGGCUGGAGCUCGUGCGGCAGCUCGCCGCCAGCCCCCGGCCCCCCCAGCACAUCUUUGCCACCUGCCGCGACCCCGAGGGCCCGAGAGCGAAGGCCCUGAAAGAGUUAGCUGCCCAGCACCCCAGCAUCAAACUGGUCCAGCUAGACACAGUGAACCUGCCCAGCAUCCGAGGGGCCGUGGGGGCUGUGGGGUCUCACCUGAAGGACCAGGGCUUGAACCUGCUCAUCAACAACGCAGGGGUCGCCUCACACGCCACGCUGCGCUCCCUGGACUCCCAGGAGAUGCUCGCCGUGUUUGCCACCAACGUGGUUGGGCCACUGCAGGUUACCAAGGAAUUUCUGCCUCUCCUGGAGCGGGCGGCGAAGGGCGCAGGGAAGGAGGGGCUGAGCUGCAGCAGGGUCGCCGUCAUCAACAUCUCCACCAAACUGGCAUCCAUCGGGCUGUGCCUCGGGGUGCCAGAGGCCCCCAUGUACCCGUACCGUGCCAGCAAGGCUGCCCAGAACAUGGUGACAAGGUGCUUGGCUGCGGAGCUCCAGGACAAGGGGAUCUUGUGUGUGGCCAUCCAUCCUGGCUGGGUGAAGACUGACAUGGGGACCGAGAAGGCACCGCUGAGGGUGGAGCAGAGCGUGCGGGGCAUCCUGACCGUGCUGGGCAGCCUCUCGCAGGACGCCUCCGGAGCCUUCCUCGACUGGGAAGGAAACUGCCUGCCCUGGUGAUGGACAGAUGGAUGGUGCCUCUUGCCCAUGCCACAGCCUCCCGCUUGCCAGCUCACCCCUCUGAG